GCAGGCAGAAAUUCAACUGGUGCAGCGUUUAAGACUGAGCACACAACGGGCCAAGGGGAUCUCGUUGAUUUCUAAUCUCGGGGGCGCUCUUCCUGCGCAAGAUGAGUCGGCUGUACGAUAGCAUAGAGCCCAACGUAAUUGAUGAAGAGAUGCUGCAGAAAGCCGUUGAGGAGCAAGGGCCUCGGGAAGAAGCCGGCCUGUUAGCCAAAAAGGAAGGGAUUAAUUUCAAAGAUGUCAAAGAGCUGCAACUUGAUUUUAGAAAUGUCUUGAAGAUCGACAACCUUUGGCAGUUCGUGAACCUGACAAAAUUGCAGCUGGACAACAACAUCAUUGAGAAGAUUGAGUCGCUGGACUGUCUAGUUCAUCUGGUCUGGCUAGAUUUGUCUUUCAAUAAUAUCGAAGUCAUUGAAGGCUUAGAUGCUCUUGUUAAAUUGCAGGAUCUUAGUUUGUACAACAACAGAAUUUCCAAGAUUGAGAAUCUGGACACAUUGCAAGAACUUCAGGUCUUCUCUAUAGGAAACAAUAAUAUUCAAACCCUGGAAAAUGUGAUCUAUCUCAGGAAAUUCAAAAACUUGCGCACGCUGAACCUCACUGGGAAUCCCGUGUGUGAGAACGAAGUCUAUUCCAUGUUCAUCGCCGCUUAUCUCCCGGAUCUUGUGUACCUAGAUUUUCGACUGGUGGAUGACACCAUGCGAGAGAUGGCCUUGAUAAAAUACCAGUAUGCCAUUGAGGAAAUGAAGCAAGGGGAAACGCUGGCCUUGGCCAAGUGGGAGGCACUGGAAGCCAAGGAGAAAGAGGUGGAAUAUCAUAAGUCUGCUUACGUAGAGUAUCUAAACGGAGCCUUCCUGUUCGACAGCAUGUAUGCAGAAGACCCUGAAGCAUCCAAGCUGGUGUACCUCCCGGGAGUACCAGAUCUGAUGGAGAUAUAUCCUUUUUGUUUCACAUAUAAGAGUAAAUUUGUCGCCAUUUGUCAGAACCUGUUUGAGUACGGCCUAAGGCAGCACGAGAAGCGACAGGCCGAAGUCACCCUCUUUUACGAGUGCCUCCACGAAGCCCUGACGGACAACCAAGAGCAGGGCACCAAACUCAUGGAGGCCUUCGAGGAGAGGAAUCACCGGGUACUAGACAUGAUUCAGAGCUUCAGCGACACCAAGGUGGCAGAGUCUAAACUCGCUGACUACAACGAAGACAUCACAAAGCUCUCAGAAACACUGAUGACGCUGGAGAUGCAACUGGUUGACCAGUUAGAGGAAGUGAUCAAAGAUUUUGAAAGGAACAUCUUGGAUCUGGUGUCAACUUUUAUAGAAAACGAACAAGGACUAAUGGCUCAAUGCCGGGAUCUGGAGAAUCACCAUCACGAGAAGCUCCUGGAAAUAGCCGUCAACACACUGGAGAAAAUAGUGAAGAGCGAGUUCGACGAGGAUAUGCCCGAGGAUGUUCGAAUGCUUUUCGUGGACAAAGACACCAUCGUCAACGCGGUCAACGCCUCGCACGACAUUCACCUCCUGAAGAUCGACAACCGAGAAGAUGAAAUCAUCACGAAAUCGAACGGCUGGGCUUCUACGCUGAUAGAAAAGGUUCACAAGGAUGAAAUCCACAGAAACCGAAGCCGUGUGAUGGAAAUCAACCAAUACAUUGACCAUCUGCACAGCGAGUUGGACAACCUGGACAUUCUGGAACAGUAGCUGGCUUUCGACACAGAACUGCGUCCAUCCCGUGAUUAGAUCCAAGGUUUGAAUUCAGUACCUGGGAAGUGAACCUGCUUGGAGAACUCCUCCCCACUGAAAAAUACCCCCCCACACACAUAGUCCUGAAAAGGAGAAUGUGCCCCCUGAAAUGUGUAACAAUCAAAAUGUGUAGAAUAAAACAGAUGGUAGAGCCAUUAGAAAGGAGAUAUGUUAACUUAAACCAAUGCCGUGUGGUUGUAAAUCAU